GCUCUAAAACGCUCACAAAAAAAAAUACUGACAAGUAACUGUUUAUAUUCAUUUACAAUUAUUUCGACUCAAGAUGAAGUUCUUUGCCGUGCUUUUGAUGGCCACCCUUAUGUGCUUCAUACAUGCAAGUAAACUCUACGAACAUUGCAGUAGCCAUAAAGAAUGCGGACAAAUGGACAUAGGGUGUUUUGAAAGUAAGUGCCAAGCGAUCCAGGACUACCUUUCCAAUAAAGAAGUCAGAGAUUCCUACUACGCCAAAGAAUUGAAAGAUCCCUGCAUUACGGAGGAACACUGUAGCCGUGUACCUACUGAUGCUGAUGAUGAAAUAACCUGCCGCAAUAUGGGAUGCGUUUCACAAAAGAAAAGAGAAUAAAAUUUUGUUAUUUUAAAAUGCGACUGUAUGAAAUAAAUAUUCAAUAAAUUACAGUUAAAUAUCUCACCAAAUUGCAACAAAGAGUUCAAUUAUUUAAAAAUUAUUUGUUUUUAAGUUUUGUUGAUAAAUUUUAACGUAAAAA